AUGCGGCCACACCAGCAACACUAUGUGCCCAGCAGAGCCGAGCCUAUGCAGCCCGACACGAGACAUGCGCCCAAUGAAGACUGGAGAUCCGCACCCUCUGUCAAAUGCAGGCUGAGGCGAUUGCCCAAAGGAACAACAACCCUUCAGAUCCAUAAGAAUCUUCGACGUUAUGGCAAUGUUGAAUUCAUUCGGAUCGACGAAACUCGGCAGGGCGAGUCCUCCAGGUCUGCCUUGAUCACAUUCAAGCCUCCUCCUGACCGUGCACCGUGGAAAUCUGGCCUAGCUAAAAUUCCCUUCGUCCUUGACCCGCAAGGUGUAGGUCCUUGUCCUACUGUCGAGGUUGUUGGACCGCUCGAAACCCAAGGCACGACAUACGUUCAGUCUCCGAUCCGAUCCGGUGUUAAGUAUCCGUCCGAAAUAACACUGCAGGCCGAGAGCAUCGACUUUGGCUACCUCGAGCAUCCCACGUCCAUGGUCGUCAAGGCUACAAGACAAAGCUCAGACUCAGGCUCUGUGAAGUUGUUGCUAAAUCUUACCAAGCUUGAAAUGCAAGUUCACUUUCCGAUAAAUUUGAGGUCGACGAAAGGGUCGUCUACUGUGCGAGCCUAUCGUUUCUUUGUGGCGUUGGACGACCAGUUUUCUCUGUGUCAAGUCCCGUCAUCGGCUUCGACUUCUUUGAUCCUCCAUCUUGCCCACCCACCCUGGUACUCACGACAGUCGAAAGAAGCGGUUGCACUGAGUCAUUCCGAAGGCUCUCUCAGAUGGGCUCAAGAUGAUACGUGGUUCCGCCAGACUGACAUCGUCGACGAUAAAGAGGCUUAUGCUAUCAUAGACAGAAGCCCUGUCUCGGCGAAGAAAUUGCACAAUAGUAUCAAUAUCGCAAAAUGGACAACGUUUCGCGUUAGCGUCAAGUCGAUGCCUGGUCAGCCAGAGCUCUCAACACCUCUACAGCAAUUUCUCAACGCUCUUCAGGACUUCAAUGUUCCAAUCCGGCACGAUCCUAACAUCAAAGUGUCUCACGACCUCAACUACAUGGCGCCCAUCUGGGAUUUGCUCGAUUCUAGUAACAUGGCUUUGUCUCUAGUUGAGGAGUUAGCGGCUAUCUAUCUACCAUUCGACGUUCGUUACCAACUCGAAGUCUGCAUGUCACAUGGCUGGCUGAACGAGUAUACCUUGGACGAGGACUUCCUCCGACGUUUGGCUGCCCUGCCACCCCAUCGGGCCAAACAAACAUUGAUUCACGUCGAUACUCAUCAACAACGAGUCUACAAUCCAAUGGACAUUUUUACCGAUUUUAGGUACUCCAAGCCGGUUAGGGCACGACCGCUCCCACCCAAUUGCGUUGAGCUACAUCAUGCAACGGUGACGGCAACUGGGAUUCUUUUCCACACCCCUUCUAUAGAGGUUACAAACCGUAUCGUUCGAAAGUACAUACGAGAGAGUAACAGGUUUCUUCGAAUACGUUUCGAAGACGACAUCUAUCGUGGCCAGUCACGUUUGUACCCUGCCACGACGGGUAAAAUGACAUUGAUCCAUGAAAAGGUUCGGCGCACACUUACCCAUGGCAUUGUUCUCGGGGACCGUCAUUAUCAUUUUCUAGCUUGGGGUAACUCUCAGCUGAGAGAGCAUGGUGCCUACUUUUUUGCAUCCACCAAUGGUAUCACUGCGGACACAAUCCGUUCAGAUAUGGGCGUUUUCGAACGUGAAAAAGUGGUUGCAAAGCGUGCCGCUCGCAUGGGUCAAUGUUUUUCGACCACCAGAGCAGUAUCGGUUGUCAUCAAUCGCAAGUGGAAGAAACAUCCCCUUCCGGAUAUCUGCAAUGAAGGGCAUAAUUUCACUGAUGGCAUCGGCAAGAUCUCUCCGUUGACUGCACAGCUGGUUCAUUCGACUCUCAAAUUGAAAGGCCCUGUCCCUUCAGCCUUUCAGUUUCGCAUGGGUGGCUGCAAGGGAGUACUUGCCGUCGACCCCUCGCUACCUGAUGUGGACAUAAAGAUCCGACCAAGCCAAUACAAGUUCGAUAGUACAUCAGACGAGCUUGAAAUCAUCCGAGUGUCCGAAUUUUGGCAGCCAUACCUGAACCGUCAGCUCAUUCUAGUAUUGUCCCACUUAGGUGUGCCGGAUGCUGUCUUUCUGAAUAAACAGGAGGAGUGCAUCCGGACUCUGGAUCAGGCUUUGACCGAUGAUGAGAGCGCAUUACGCGCGCUGCGCGACACUGUCGACCCGAACUUGAUGACCCUUAGCAUCGCCUCUAUGGUUGAAUCUGGAUUCAGGCACAGCAAUGAUCCUUUUGUCACCUCGCUACUACGACUUUACAGAGCGUGGACUCUGAAAUACCUCAAAGAAAAGGCUAAAAUACCUGUCAAACAAGGCGCGUUCGUGCUGGGCGUGGUAGAUGAGACCGGGAGCCUGAAAGGCUAUACAGACAGCGAAGAACAACGCUAUUCACAGGACCGAACCCAUUCAAACUUGCCUGAAAUCUUCAUUCAAUACACCGAUCAGCAUACCAGGACACCCCGCAUUGUCGAGGGUGUAUGCAUCAUCGCCCGCAACCCUUCCUUACACCGGGGGGACAUCCGAGUCGUAAGAGCAGUGGACGAAAAGAAACUCCACCAUCUGACCGAUGUCCUUGUUAUGCCAAGCACUGGUGACCGCGAUCUACCUAGUAUGUGCUCUGGUGGCGAUCUUGACGGAGAUGAUUAUGUGGUGAUUUGGGACCCAGACCUCAUUCCUACCGAGUGGAACGCGAAACCCUUCGAUUACGACGCUCCGAAGCCUCUUGAGAAGGAUGAGAUAUCCACCAAAGACAUCAUCGGUUUUUUCUGCGAGUAUAUGAAGAAUGAUUACUUGGGCAGAAUUGCACAUGCUCAUCUCGCUGCUGCUGAUUAUCUUGACGAAGGUGUCAGAAGUGAACAGUGUUUGGAGCUGGUCAAGCUUCAUUCCAUGGCGGUUGACUAUCCGAAAACUGGAGUACCUGCAGUAAUGCAGCGAGGUUUGGAACGCACCAAGUUCCCGCACUUCAUGGAGAAGAAGAGAUCGGGAGAGUAUCACUCGCACAAGAUUUUGGGCCAAUUAUAUGAUGCCGUCGAAAGAGUCAAGUUUGAGCCAAAUUGGGAUGGUAUAUUCGAUCAACGCAUUCUGCGCCACAGCUCGCCUCCUCAAGAAAUCAUGGAUUUGGUCAGGCAACUCAAGAAAGACUAUGACGAGAGUAUGCGUCGUAUCAUGGCACAGCAUCAGAUUUGUACGGAAUUCGAGGUCUGGUCGACCUUUGUUAUGCACCAUAGCAAAGCUGCAAGAGAUUUCAAGUUCCACGAGGAGAUUGGAGAGCAUUCCAAGAACUUGAAGCAACAGUAUUAUGAUGCUUUUGUUACCGAGGCACGUGGCACUGAAUUCGAAAAGUUGGUGCCUUUUGCAGUGGCAGCAUAUCGUCUUGCGAGAGAUCAGCUGCAAGAUUACCUCCUAAGGAGAGAAAUUUUCGAAGGAGACGGAGAGCCUGUCGCCUCUCCGGGUGAAGUGCCAUUCAUCAGCUUUCCAUGGGUACUACAAGACGUCUUGGGCAAGAUUGCUAGGAGUACUGCUUGCGAAGUCUUUAUGCCGGAACCCAACCAAAACCACUCCCUGAGCGAACAUGGGCAGCAACUCGAGGCUAUUCUAGACAAGUUCGACAAAGCUGACGGUUAUAUUGAUUGGCUCGAAAUUGGAGAACAUCUCCCUGAUCCUCUGGUGCCCACCGUGUCAGCCAAGGUUGAAGUCCUGGAGUCGAACCAGGCAGAGAUUCAGCAAUUAGGAGCGACAUCAACCCAGAGGUCGGACAACGAGAUGAGCAGCUUCCCUGGCAAUGGGCCUCCAUCGUCAACGUUGAGAGCUCCUGGAGAGUUGACAUUGUGCACUUCAGACUCAAAGCUACAACGAACGUCUACCCCUGACAAAGGGUCGGUAGAUUCGCCAAUGCCGAGUUCUACCUUUUCCAGCAUAGAGAGUGCGGAAACGAGCCCGGAUGAUGUCAAACCAGUUAGUUCGAUACUCUCUCCAGAAGGUUUGAGUGACAAUCCUGGAGGUUUAGGCCCCGAUCGCAGCUCCACGCAACAUGUGCUCGCGCAUGCUGCCAACAAUAAGCAAGUCUUUACGGACCCGACCUUGAUGUCUAGGGAUGAGUUGAAUGCUCUCGGAAUGAUUGAUGAUGAAGACGAAGAUUUUACCUUCUGA